GGAACAUUAAAUACUGGAAUCGGCCAUAUUGGAAUUUGACGCUUUGCAGUUUACACUUGGGAUAGGAUAAGGUUUCCUGAUAAUGGACCCCUGGAACAGCGCCCAGGAUGUUGUACGCUGCACCCUGUGUAAAACUUCUGAUGCCCCCAUGUACUGUGAAGUUUGUCAUAUAAAUCUGUGUAAAGACUGUGUAGAGAAACAUUUCUCUGAUUCGUCCAUAGUUCAUAAAGUGGUGUCACUACAACAUUAUCUGACCACUCUGAGUUAUCCUAAGUGUAUGACACACCCUGACCAACAGUGUGAACUCCACUGUGAACAAUGUGACAUUCCCUUUUGCACACUGUGUGUUUUAUCAAGGAAACAUUUAGGGCACUCUCAAGUUAGUAUUUUGAAAACAAUUGAAAUCAAGAAAGAAGUUCUACAAAGAGAGUUGCAAGAAUUAGAAAAAUCAAUUUAUCCCAAAUACAAAGAGAUGGCAUCCAAUAUCUCAGUGCAAAAAGAUGAUCUUGGUAAAAUCUCUAAGAUAUUGUCAACAGCCAUCAACAAACAUGGAGAAUUCUGGCACAGAGAAGUAGACACUAUCAUCAAAAACUUAAUAUCUAAGGUGGAGGAAAUGGAGUCCAAACAUCUGGUUGUCCUAACUAAAGCGGAAGAUGAAAUCACACACACAAUUUCUGAAAUCACAAAAAGCAUUGCUGAUGUGAAGAAGUUACUAGACUCUAAAGAUGUGUGUCGUGUCUCCGAACACAAAUCCAGGAAUGCCGAAUUUAGACGAUUGCCCCCUAAACUCAAAGUGUCCUUACCAAACUUUAGGCCUAAGGAAAUCAAUACAGAUCAGAUGAUAGAGCAGUUUGGUUCUCUGUCAGAAUUAUCUUUACCAAGAGAGGAACAAGACUACAGAUUGUCGAUACAGGGAGCAGAGUCCUCUACCCAAGACCGGUCCCUGAUAGAUGAACCCCGGCUCAUCACAAGUCUUAAGAGAUGGUAUAACUAUGAAUUAUAUGGUGUGGCGUGUCUAAAUGAUGUAGAGAUAUGGACGCGUGGUGGUGAUAACAUGAUAAAGCUCUUCAACAUCUGGGGGGAUCUAGUAAUGUCCAUCCAAACCAAGUCAAGGAUGCGGCCACUAGACAUAGCAGUGACACUGAAUGGAGAUCUUGUUUAUACUGAUGAAGAAAAUAAAACUGUAAAUAAAGUAAAGAUGAUGAAUGCACAGAUACAAACAGUGAUCACACUACAGGGGUGGAAACCUCUCGGUGUCUGUAGCACCUUCUUUGGUGAACUCUUAGUUAUCAUGAACAGUGAUGAUUAUAAACCAACAAAAGUUGUGCGUUACUCUGGCUCUAUAGAGACACAAAUUAUUCAAUACAAUGACAGAGGAAAACCUCUCUAUUCAUCUAAUGACACUAAAUACAUCACUGAAAACAAGAACCUAGAUAUCUGUGUUUCCGAUAAUGGAGCCCAUGCAAUAGUAGUGGUCAAUCAGGCCGGGAAACUGCGAUUUACCUACAGUGGUCCUCCGUCUACUACCAAGGGAUCAUUUGUACCAUACGGAAUCACAACAGACAGCCAGAGUCGGAUCCUGACAGCAGACAUUAACAACCACCGUAUCCACAUCCUAGAUCAGGACGGACAGUUCCUCCGCUACAUUGACAACUGUCAUUUACAGACUCCACGGGGUUUAAGUGUGGACACCAAAGACAAUCUUUAUGUGGCUGAAUAUAAAACAGGAAAUGUGAAGAAAAUUCAGUAUUACAUGUGAAUAAACUGUUUUUAAACAUGUGCAUUUGAUAUCUAAACAUACACUCUUUUUAAACAUGUGGUACAUAUAUAUGACUGAGUUAUGUUAUACAUGGACAAUUUACAUCUACAGAGAACAUAUAGAUUUGCGAUAUGCAAACAAAAUUGCUGCAU